CACAGUGAAAUCCUUCGGCACUUGGCUUGGAAGGUCCGAAGUCGGGUGAAGAGGAGGCCUAUAACGCAUGGCCGCAACAGCGGUGUACAAUUAACCAACUCUGAGGCCACCUACUAUUACCACCAUCAGACAAACUCACGAUGGAUUCAUUGGCUAGCAUGGAACUCGCCUCCGGUUGGGAGUUCAAGCGUACCGACGACGUUUCGGAUACAUGGCUGCCAGUCCAGCGUGUACCAACUGAAGUCCAUGUCGACUUGCUGGACAAUGGCCAGAUCACGGAUCCCUUCACCGACCUUAAUGAGCUCUCCGCCCGCUGGGUGGGCGAACACUCGUGGACCUAUCGCACAGCCUUUGCCAGCUCCGAUAAGCACACGUUGCCAAAUGCAACGACCGACCUAGUCUUCAAGGGACUCGACACCUUUGCCACCGUCAGUCUCAACGAUACUGAGAUCAUGAGAUGCGAUAAUAUGUUCGUUGAACAUCGAGUCAGCGUCGGCUCUCUCCUGAAGCCCCCCGAGUCGGGAGACAGAAAUACCCUGACGAUCGUAUUCGACUCACCUCGCCGCCGCGGCCUGGAACUUGUCGAGGCACACCCAGAGCACCGUUUCAUCGUCCAUCAGACUGAGAUCAGCAGGGGCCCUGUCCGCAAGGCGCAAUACCAGUGGGGCUGGGACUGGGGUCCCAUCCUCCUGACGAGCGGACCUUGGAAACCCGUCCUUCUGGAGACUUACUUGACCCGGAUUGACAGUGUCAGGGCCGAUUACACCUUGUCACAGGACCUGGCCAUGGUGGAGGUAUCCAUAUCCGUCGAGGUUGUUGGCGGUAAAUUCUGCAACUCCCUUGAAGCUGAGCUUGCACUCCAUGGCCAGCAAGUCUUGAAGGUGGUGGUGCCAGAAAUUGACCAGCGAGGCGCGGAGGGGGAGGGUGUUCUCAGAAAGCAUACUACCACGUUUGCCAUUGAAAAGCCAGAAAUUUGGUGGCCACAUGGUUAUGGCUCACAGCCUUUGUACGACCUAGAAGUCCGAGUAUUGGCAGAGGACACGACCACGGUUCUUACCAGGGAGAAAAAGAGAAUCGGCUUCCGCCGAGCAGAGCUGAUCCAGGAGAAGGAUGCGUCGGGCCAGUCGUUCUACUUCCGCGUCAACAACGUCGACGUCUUUGCAGGGGGAUCCUGCUGGAUCCCGGCCGACAACUUCCUGACGAGGAUCACGCCUGACAAAUACUACGACUGGGUCAAGCUGGCGAGGGAAGGCAACCAGUCGAUGCUUCGCGUCUGGGGUGGCGGGAUCUACGAGUCGGAUGCGUUCUUCGACGCCUGCGACAGGCUUGGACUACUAGUCUGGCAGGACUUUGCCUUUGCCUGCGCCAACUAUCCAGCACACCCAGAGUAUCUGCAGUCGGUCGAGACUGAAGCUCGGCAGAAUGUUGGAAGACUGCGCCACCAUCCUUCACUCAUCAUCUGGGCUGGCAACAACGAGGACUACCAGAUAGUCGAGCGUUAUGGUCUGGAGUACAACUUUGAAGGCGACAAAGACCCGCAGUCAUGGCUCAAAACGGACUUCCCAGCCCGCUACAUAUACGAGUAUCUGCUUCCCAAGGUCCUCUCCGAGGAGUCACCCGGCAGCAUCUACCAUCCCAGCAGCCCCUGGGGCAAUGGCACUAGCACGACCAUGAAAGUCGACCCGACAGUUGGCGAUGUGCACCAGUGGAACGUCUGGCAUGGCGAGAUGAGGCCCUUGCAAAACCUCCCCAAUAUGGGCGGUCGUUUCGUCAGCGAAUUCGGCAUGGAAGCCUACCCCCACGUUGAAACCCUCGCGGCCGCCGUCUCGGAUCCCGCACAGAGGUAUCCCGGAUCGAUGGCCAUGGACUUCCACAACAAGGCUAUCGGCCACGAGCGCCGCCUGCUCACCUACGUCGCCGAGAAUUUCAGGGUCCGCACGGAACUCGAGGCCUUCACGCACCUGACGCAGGUGAUGCAGGCGGACGCCAUGUCAUGGGCUUACAAGUCGUGGCGUCGCCAGUGGGGGGGCCGCGCGGCAGCAAUCAGGCCCUGCGGCGGCGUCCUGGUGUGGCAACUCAACGACUCCUGGCCGACCGUCUCGUGGGCGGUCGUCGACUACUUCCUUGUCAAGAAGCCUGCGUUCUACGCCAUGAAGCGGGCCCUGCAGCCUCUCGCCAUCGGCGUGGCCCGGGAGUUCCACGACUGGACCGCAAGACCUGCGGAUCGGCUCUGGCAGCGAGAUACCGGGCACGUGGAUCCCACCAAGUCGCGGAGGGAUGUGACCUUCGAUGUGUGGGUCUCGAGCUCUCGGCUUGAGCCCCUUACUGGCGAGGUUGUACUGAGGUUUGUGUCGGUCAAGACUGGGGAGGAUGUGCGAGAUCGCUUGACGAGAGCAGUGACGAUCGAGCCAAACGGCACAACAGACAUCUAUACUGGCCACAGCAUAACUUCCCAGGACCAAGGGGCGGGGUUGCCUUCGUCCGCGGCUGAAAUGGAACCCUUCGUCAUAUAUGUGACCUUGUGGAUCGAUGGCAAGCAGAUCAGCUGCGACACCAGUUGGCCGGAGCCGAUAAAGUAUCUUGACCUGGCGGAUCGGGGCGUUGAGCUGAAGUACACCGAGGAGGAUAAUUCGAUUGAAGUGUCAGCUGCAAAGCCGGUCAAGGGUCUAGUAUUCUCCGAGAGGAAGGGGGUUACAUUGAGCGACAAUGGGUUCGACGUCAUCCCCGGGGAAGAGAAGAAGGUGGUUCAGGUUACGGGGAUCGAGGCGGAGGAGCUUGAUUGGACAUUUGUCCAGCAGUAGAAAUUAAAGUAGAUCGAAGCUACACUCAGAGCUAGG